CGGCGUUCGCGGCUGCUGCCUGGGAGGGAGGCUGGGCAGGCGGCGGAGCGGCGCGGCUCUGUACCUGACGGGGAAGUGGCCCGGGCGGCUGCGACUGACUGCCCCGGGUCAGACGGACGGUCGGAUCACAGAGGCUGGAGGUAGGAACCGAGCCGGGCGACUUCGAGAGCGAGCGGGUCAGGCUCAGCGUCGGCCACUCUGUCGGUCCGCUGAAUGAAGUGCCCGCCCCGCUGAGCCCGGAGCCCGGCGCUUUCCCCGCAAGAUGGACGGUUUCGCCGGCAGCCUCGAUGAUAGUAUUUCUGCUGCAAGUACAUCUGACGUUCAGGAUCGCCUCUCAGCUCUUGAGUUACGAGUUCAGCAACAAGAAGAUGAAAUCACUGUGCUAAAGGCAGCUUUGGCUGACGUAUUGAGGCGUCUUGCAGUCUCUGAAGAUCAUGUAGCCUCAGUGAAAAAAUCAGUUCCAAGUAAAGGCCCUCCAGGCCUUCGAGAAGCUAUUUCUAUGUCCUGUAUAACCAACGGGAGUGGUGCAAACAGAAAGCCAAGCCACACCAGCUCUGUUGCAAUUGCAAGAAAGGAAACUCUUUCAUCUGCUGCUAAAAGUGGUACAGAAAAAAAGAAAGAAAAACCACAAGGACAGAGAGAAAAAAAAGAGGAAUCUCAUUCUAAUGAUCAAAGUCCACAAAUUCGAGCAUCACCUUCUCCCCAGCCCUCUUCACAGCCUCUCCAAAUACACAGACAAACUCAAGAAAGCAAGAAUUCUGCUCCCACCAAAAGCAUAAAACGACCACCGACAGCUGAAAAGUCACAUAAUUCAUGGGAAAAUUCAGAUGAGAGUCGUAAUAAAUUAUUGAGAGCAGUUUCAACAUCAAAAUUAAUAUCAAAAGUUAUAAAAAAUACAGACAAGCAUAAAGAUGUCAUCAUCAACCAAGCAAAAAUGUCAACCCGUGAAAAAAACAACCAAGAAGGAGAAUAUGUUAAAAUGUUUAUGCGAGGUCGGCCAAUUACAAUGUUCAUUCCUUCUGAUGUUGAAAACUAUGAUGACAUCAGAACAGAACUGCCUCCUGAGAAGCUGAAACUGGAGUGGGUAUACGGUUAUCGAGGAAAGGACUGUCGUGCUAAUGUUUACCUUCUUCCUACCGGAGAAAUAGUGUAUUUCAUAGCAUCAGUAGUAGUACUGUUUAAUUAUGAGGAGAGAACUCAGCGACACUACCUGGGUCACACAGACUGUGUGAAAUGCCUUGCUGUACAUCCUGACAAAAUUAGGAUUGCAACUGGACAGAUAGCUGGAGUGGAUAAAGAUGGAAGGCCUCUGCAACCCCAUGUCAGAGUGUGGGAUUCAGUUAGUUUAUCCACACUGCAAAUUAUUGGACUUGGGACCUUUGAGCGGGGAGUAGGAUGCCUGGAUUUUUCAAAAGCAGAUUCAGGUGUUCAUUUAUGUGUUAUUGAUGACUCCAAUGAGCAUAUGCUUACUGUAUGGGAUUGGCAGAAAAAAUCAAAAGGAGCAGAAAUAAAGACAACAAAUGAAGUUGUUUUGGCUGUGGAGUUCCAUCCAACAGAUGCAAAUACCAUAAUAACCUGUGGUAAAUCUCAUAUCUUUUUCUGGACCUGGAGUGGCAAUUCACUAACAAGAAAACAGGGAAUUUUUGGGAAAUAUGAAAAGCCAAAAUUUGUGCAGUGUUUAGCAUUCUUGGGGAAUGGAGAUGUUCUUACUGGAGACUCAGGUGGAGUCAUACUUAUAUGGAGCAAAACUACUGUAGAACCCACCCCCGGGAAAGGGCCUAAAGGUGUUUAUCAGAUCAGCAAACAAAUCAAAGCUCAUGAUGGCAGUGUAUUUACACUUUGUCAGAUGAGAAAUGGAAUGUUAUUAACUGGAGGUGGGAAAGACAGAAAAAUAAUUCUGUGGGAUCAUGAUUUGAAUCCUGAAAGAGAAAUAGAGGUUCCUGAUCAUUAUGGAACAAUCAGAGCUGUAGCAGAAGGAAAGGCAGAUCAAUUUUUGGUAGGCACAUCACGAAAUUUCAUUUUGCGGGGAACAUUUAAUGAUGGCUUCCAAAUAGAAGUACAGGGUCAUACAGAUGAGCUUUGGGGUCUUGCCACACAUCCCUUCAAAGAUUUGCUCUUGACAUGUGCUCAGGACAGACAGGUGUGCAUGUGGAACUCAGUGGAACACAGGCUAGAAUGGACCAGGCUUGUAGAUGAACCAGGACACUGUGCAGAUUUUCAUCCAAGUGGCACAGUGGUGGCCAUAGGAACGCACUCAGGCAGGUGGUUUGUUCUAGAUGCAGAAACCAGAGAUCUAGUUUCUAUCCACACAGAUGGGAAUGAACAGCUCUCCGUGGUGCGCUACUCAGUAGAUGGCACCCUCCUGGCUGUAGGAUCUCAUGACAACUUUAUUUACCUCUAUGUAGUCUCAGAAAAUGGAAGAAAAUACAGCAGACAUGGAAAGUGCACUGGACAUUCCAGCUAUAUCACACACCUUGACUGGUCCCCGGACAACAAGUAUAUAAUGUCCAACUCAGGAGACUAUGAGAUACUGUACUGGGACAUUACACAUGGCUGCAAACUAAUCAGGAAUCGAUCAGAUUGUAAGGACACUGAUUGGACAACCUAUACCUGCGUACUAGGCUUUCAAGUCUUUGGUGUCUGGCCAGAAGGAUCCGAUGGGACCGAUAUCAAUGCACUGGUGCGAUCCCACAACAGGAAGGUGAUCGCUGUUGCUGAUGACUUCUGCAAAGUUCAUCUGUUUCAGUAUCCCUGCUCCAAAGCAAAGGCUCCCAGUCACAAGUACAGUGCCCACAGCAGCCAUGUCACCAAUGUCAGUUUUACUCAUAAUGACAGUCACCUGAUUUCAACUGGUGGAAAAGACAUGAGCAUCAUUCAGUGGAAACUUGUAGAAAAGUUAUCUUUGCCUCAAAAUGAGAUUGUAGCCGAUGGUACUCUAACCAAAGCCCCCAUCUCUUCCAUUGAAAGUGUCCCACAGUCUGAUACUCCCACACCACCUCCUUCCCAGCCCUUAAAUGAGGCAGCUGAAGAAGAAAGUAGAAUAAGCAAUUCUCCCACACUUCUGGAGAACAGCCUGGAACAGACUAUGGCGCCCAGUGAGGACCACGUCGAGGAGCAGAGUGAAGGGGGCAGUGACGACCUCGGUGAGCCCAUGUAUGAGGAGCCGUCCCCGGAGAGCGGCAAGGAGCAGAGUGAGGCCACUCUUCCCGAGCACCAGCAAGACCCCUCAGCCCUGUCUUAACCGCAGGGCUUCAGUGUGACUCUCUCUCCUCCUUCAGCUGCAUGUGAUCUUGUGACAGUUCAGGUAACAGGCCGGGAGUGAGGGACAUCACUCUCGCAGCUCUGCGUUUCCACGCGAUCUGUU